AUGGAAGAAGGUGGCGAUCAUGAGCAGCAGCAGCAGGUUAUUCAGGUUCAGGCUCAUAGAGAAGAUGGGGCUCCGACGACCUUCUGCGUUACCGGGGCAACCGGUUACGUCGGAUCAUGGCUGGUUAAGUCUCUCCUUCAAAGAGGCUACUUCGUCCAUGCCACUGUUCGAGAUCCAGAAAAAGUUUCUCCUCUCUUGUCAUGUUGGAAUGGUGGUGACCGGUUGAAAGUGUUCAGAGCUGAUCUUCAAGAAGAAGGUAGCUUCAAUGAAGCUGUACAGGGCUGCCAUGGUGUAUUCCAUGUGGCAGCCUCUAUGGAAUUCGGGGUGCCAGCAGCCAAUGAGAAUGUUGAGAGUUAUGUUGAAACGAAGAUACUCAAACCUGCAAUCAAAGGAACCAUAAACCUUCUUCAAGCAUGCUCAAGGACAAAAUCUGUGAAAAGGGUAAUUUUCACCUCCUCCAUCAGUACUAUCACUGCCAAAGAAAAUGCUGGGAGAUGGAAAUCAAAAGUGGAUGAAUCUUGCCAGAGCUCUGUCGAUCAGGUCUGGAAUAUGAAGGCUACUGGAUGGGUCUAUGUCCUCUCAAAGCUUCUAUCAGAGGAAGCAGCAUUCAAAUUUGCGAAAGAAAAGGGUAUUGAUCUUGUAUCAAUAUUACCAACCACAGUGGCUGGUCCAUUCUUCACUUCAACUGUUCCUGCAAGUGUUCAAGUUCUCUUGUCACCUAUCACAGGUGACCCUGUUCUAUACCCAAUAUUAUCUGCAGUUCAUACUAGAUUGGGGUCUAUCUCUGUUAUUCAUAUUGAAGAUAUAUGCAAUGCCCACAUAUUCCUGAUGGAGCAACCUGCAGCAAAUGGACGAUAUAUUUGCUCUGCACACAGUUGUGUUAUGUCCGAAUUGGUAGACCUUCUUGCUCUGGAGUGCCCUUGGUUAAAUAUAUCAAGGUCUUGUGAGGUAGAUAAUGGUUUGAUCCCUUCAGAGAUUUCUUCCAAGAAGUUAACAGGUUUGGGUUUUGAUAACAAGCACAGUCUAGAAGAGAUAAUCCAGCAUAGUGUAACUAGUUGUGUACAGUAUGGGUUUAUAAGUCGACCUGACCAUAAUAAUGGUUGUCCUUAAGAAUUCAAAUUAACCUUGAUAAACAGAGCUCCAUUGUAGCCAACAAAUAACAAAUUGAGUAAGAUGAUAAUGAAGUUGCAAAUUGAUUCAGUGUUCAUUCUUCAA